GAUUCGAAAAACAAGUCGAGUACAAACUCUUAAUCUCUAUAUGUAACAAAACCCACUCCUUUCUCUAUAAAAAUCCAACCCAAAAUCCUCUCUCUCUCUCUCUCUCUGCGUUUGCCAUGGCUGCGACUCCUGCUCCUGCUUCCCAAGCCAGCCUCCUCCUCCAAAAGCAACUCAAAGAUCUCUGCAAAAACCCAGUUGAUGGAUUCUCAGCCGGUUUGGUGAACGAAGCCAACAUCUUCGAAUGGAGUGUCACGAUUAUUGGCCCACCCGACACUCUCUAUGAGGGCGGUUUCUUUAAUGCCAUCAUGAGUUUCCCCGAGGAUUAUCCGUGCAACCCUCCUGUCGUGAGAUUUACCUCAGAGAUGUGGCACCCCAAUGUUUAUGCCGAUGGAAAGGUUUGUAUUUCAAUUCUUCAUCCCCCUGGUGACGAUCCAAAUGGCUACGAGCUUGCAACUGAGCGCUGGAAUCCAGUCCAUAUAGUUGAGAGCAUUGUUUUGAGUAUAAUCUCAAUGCUUUCAAGCCCUAAUGAUGAAUCUCCUGCGAAUGUCGAUGCUGCGAAACAAUGGAGAGAAAGUAGGGAGGAGUUCCGGAAGAGAGUAGGGCGGUGUGUCAGAAAGUCUCAAGAAGUGUUAUGAGUUCAUUGCAUAAACUAGCUAGAUAUCAUGCAGCCAGAUAUACUUCUGUUUUGUUCUGUUUGAGGAAAUGGAGCUGUUUGCAACAAGACCGUGCUUGCGUCCGACGCAACUGCUGUUGCUAGCAACUGGGUUCAAGUUCCGUCUUUGAGGGUCUGUUUUGUUAGGAAUGUCUCAGACUGCAAACUGUUUUGGUUUUUGUUUUUGUUUUGGAAGUCUCAAACUGUUUGUUACAUUUUCAUAUUUUCCGGUAUGAAAAAAAGUAACUUCGUUUGGAAAGCCAA